AUGGGAAGUAUAAAUAAGAAUUUCCAUGCACUAAAUAUUUCUGGAGAGGAAAAUGAAAAUAAAAAUAAAAAUAAACACAUUGGAAGGAAAAGUGAUGAAUAUAUAAAUUAUAAAAAUAAUAAUAGUGGAUUAUGUAACGGUUUUAAUAAUAAAAAAUAUAUAAUAGAAUUCAACUCAGACAAAAAUAAUGGAGAAAUAAUUAAUUCGUUUUCAUUUGACGAUGAAAAAAAAAACACAAAAAUAUUAAAUUCAGAAUCAUCUUUAAUAAUAAAAGAUACAAACCAAGAUAAAAGGAAAAGUAUUUGGGAUAAUAUUAAUGAUGAAAAUAAUGGAAUAAAUAAUGAUGGAUAUAUGGAAAAGUAUUUUGAAUAUUUUAAUAAUAUAGAAAAUGAGGAAAGUAACUACAAAGAAAAUAUAUAUAAUACCUUAAAAAAACGAAAUAAAUGUAUAGAUGCUUCUUUAGAUUUAAGCAGCAUAGCUUCAGGUACAAAUAUAGAUACAAAUAAUUUUAAAGAAAAUUUUGAAAUAAAUAAAACCCCACAAAAUGUAGAUGGGAAAAAUAUACAUGUUGAUAAUAACUUAAUAAAUAAUAAUUCCUUAAAUAAAGAAAAAAAAAUUAUUAAUGAAAAUCAGAGUGCUGUUAAAAAAAAUGAUUCCACAAAUUGUGAGAAUAUUUUCAUAAAUACAAAUAUAAAUAGAAAAAAUGAAUUUAUUGAUUUUAAAAAUAUGUCUAUUCCAAAUUUUGAUAAUUUAAACGAUUCUAUAAAAAAUAAAAAAUUUAUGAUUGGGAAUUUGGAAAAUAGAAAAACAUCAGUUCAAGAAAAAUGUUUUGAUAGCUCGAUUUCGAGGAAAAUAGAAAAUAAUAUAAAGAAAGAUGAUAAAAUAAAAAAAGAUCAAAAUUACAAUGAAUCUGAAAAAAAUAUAUCAUAUCUAUUAUUGGAAAAAAAAUGUGAUAAAGAAAAUAUGAAUGAUAUGACAUCUUUCUAUUCAAAUGAUGAUUUUGAAGAAAAUAUAAAAUAUUACAAAAAUUUAGACACAAUAUUAAAUCCAAAAGUUGAAAAACAAAAUAAUUUUGAAUAUUUAAAAAAUGUUCGAAAUGAAAAAUCAGAUUAUUUCGAUAAAAACAAAGUUAUGAAAAAAUUCAGAAAUAACUUUAUAAAAACAAAUGAACAAAAAUAUUGUAAUUAUAAAUAUAAAAAAGAGAAAAUGAAUUUUUCGUUAUAUAAAAAUCAAUAUACUAGUAAAAAUUAUAACUUUUAUUUUUCUGAUGAUUUUUCAAUUAAUAAAAAAAAAAAUCAAAAAUCAAAUAGCGUGUAUGCAAGCAGAGAGAGUAGAACACAUAGUUCUAUGGAAAAAAAUGAUGAAUCAGAAAUGGAAACAAUGCAAAGUGUGAAUAUAAAAAAUAUAGUUAUUGAUAAAUAUCGAAAGUGUGAUAAGUUCAGUGAAAAAGACAAUUCAAAAUUCUAUUCAUGCAUUUCUAACGGGGUAAACGACUAUAAUGAUGUUUAUGAUUUUCAUUAUUCUUAUAGCUCCCAAAGUGUAAACGACGAAGGGAAUAUACAAAACAAACAAUUAAAUAAAUCUAUUAACUAUAAUAAUAACGUAAUAAAAAAAGAUGAUAAAAUUGAUGAUGCAAAUAAUAGCUUUUUAUUAUCAAAUAAAAGAGAUAUUUUAAAAAAAAAUAAAAAAAACACAUUUAAUAAUAAUCAUAUAGUAGAUGUGGAUGAUAACUUUGUUAUGAAAAUAAACAAUGGAAAAGAUGAUUCUGAAAAUGAUUGCAUAUUUCCAAAUGAAAUUCAAUAUGAAAAACAAAAUACAUUAUCAAAUAAUUUUCAAAAUGAUUUAAAAAAUAACAAAAAUAUAUCAAAGACAAAGAAUAAUACUAAAAUUACACGAAAAAUAUAUUUUUUUAGACCCAAAAAAAACAAAAAUAUUUUUGAUUAUGAAAAUGGAAUAAAUAAUAGCGAAAAUGUAAAUAAUUAUAGAAAAUACGAUAUACUUAACUUAAAAAAAGACAGUAAAUACCAAACUGAAAAUCAAAGCAAUAAUAGUUAUAUAACGGAAGGGGGAAAUGAAUUAAAUAAGUCAAAAGAGUUUAAUGAGGAAAAUAAUAAUGUAAAAAAUGAUGAAAUAGAUAUAUUUAAUUAUGAAAAAACAACUAAAGAUAUGAAGAAUUAUAAAAACAAUAAUUUACACACUAAUAUUGAAAUAAAUAAUAUAUCAAAGGAAUUUAUUAUUAAUGAAAAAAAAGAAAAAGAUAAAGAAGAAAAUGAUGAAAAUAAAGAUAAUAACCAAAUUGAUGAAAUACACAAAAUUGUCGAUUAUAUUAUGAAUAAUGAUAAUGUUGAUUUUUCUAAAAUAAUUAUUAAAGAUAGAAAGAAUAAUAGUUAUAUUAAAAUAAAUUAUUUUCUAAAAGAAUAUAUAUCAAAAUAUAAUGAACUUGAGCAUAGUGAUUUUUUAUUUUGUUUUGGAGAAUCAAGUGAAGAUGAUGUUAUAUAUGAAAAAAAAAAAUCUAUAAAUUUGGAAAAUGAAAAAAAUAAAAUGAAUGAUACUAAAUAUGCAAGGUGUAGUUUUUGUGAUUCUAUUUGUAUUUGUGAUAACCCAAUAAAAAAUUUAGGAAUAAAUAAUGGAGCAUCAAUAUUAUUAAACAAAAAAAGAAUAAAACAAAUAAAAAAUAGAAAAAUAAAUUAUAAUGCAAUUGAUACAAUGUGGCAACCACAUUUUCAUCCACAUAAUAAAGAAUUUCGAGUAAGGUAUAGAUAUAAAGGCAGUAUGAGGCUUAAGACAAUUUCUUGUAAAUUUUAUGGCUAUAAAAAUAGUAAAAAAAUAUCUAUUUUAUUUCUUUUAAGAUGGUUAUUAUGUGGUAAAUAUAUUGCUGAAAAAACUAAAAGAUCAAGGCUUAGUAUUAGUGAUAUAAAUGAAUAUAAUUUACCUGACCUGUUAAUAUCAAAACGAAAAAAAAGAAAAACAGAUUAUAUGAAAAAUGAAGAUUGGGUAAAAUAUGAAAAUCAAAAAAAUAAAGAAAUAUAUCAAUAUUUAAAUAAAAUUAAUAGUUUUAUUCUUAACCAUUAUAAUGAUCAUAAUUUUUUAAAUAAAUUAAAAAAUAUUAUAAAUACUUAUGAUAAAAAAUAUAAAAAAGAAAAAAUAUUUGCCACAUUAAGUGAUUGUUUUAAAGAUCAAUUCACAGAAAAUAAAAGACAAUCUUUAACAUAUUCUGUCAAAAAUAAAAUAAAUGAAUUUAUGUCUUUAAAUCAGAAUAAAAUGUUUAACGACGAUAUUCCAAACACAACACCUUCUAUUCCUUAUCCUCACUAUGGCCCAUACAAUCAAAAUUUGAAUACGCCAAAUAUCAAUUAUAAUAAUAUUGGAUAUGAAUUACCUAAUAUUCCAGGUUCUAAAAUUAAUUCUAAAAUAUAUAAUCCAAAUAAACAUUUUGAAAGUAAUACAACUAAUAUUUUGCCAAGGAAUAAUUACCCAUAUUGUGUCUGUUCUUAUUUAGAUGAAAAUGUAUAUAAUAAUUUUAAUAUACAACAAAAUUAUGGAUUUCAAAAAAAAAAAUGUGUUUGUAUGAAUAAUAUUAAUCAAAAUAUAUUUUUAAAAAAAAAUUCAUAUAAUAAUGAAAAUGAAUAUAACAUUUAUGAUUAUGCAAAUAAUAAUUUAGACAAAAAUUAUAAUGACAAUUUCCAAUCAUUUAAUUAUCAUAACAAAACAUAUCCUUUUUUUAAUGAUAUACAAGAUUUAAAUACAAGGCCAAACAAUUAUAACAUAGAAGGUGGUUUGAAUAAUGACUACAAAACAUCAAAUGAAUUGAUGAAUCCAAAUCGAAACAAUUUUAUGAAAAUGGAUAAUAAACCUUUUAAUCAAAUACCUUGGAAAAGCUAUUUUUCUAAUCCCACAUGUAAUAUUAAUAAUAAUAGUAAUCAUAAUAAUGGUAACAUGUUUAAACGAUUUGAAGAAUUUGAUAAAAAUCGAUAUCUUAACGUUUCAAAUAAAAUAUGUGAAGGAUUAUUUGAGAAUAAUAUUCACCAUUUUAACAAACCACCUGAAAUGUUCACAGGAAAUAAAAAAGUUCAAAAUGAAGUUGCAUAUAAUAAUAAUAAUAAUAUGAAUUUAGCAGGCAAGGAACUUAAAUGUCAACUAAUAAAUAACGAAAAUGGAAACUGUUCCACAUCUAUUUUUUGUGAUAAAAAAAAAAAUGAUAAUUACGUUAAUGGGAAAAAUAGUAAUAUGGUAAUAAAUUGUUAUAUGAAUAAAAAUAAUAAUGAAAAUAGUUUAUCGCCAAUAAAUUUACCAUCUAGAAACACAAAAAAAAUAAGUAACGUAUCAACUUGCCCAAGCGUAAACAAAAAUAUUUCAUUUUAUCCAAAUUGUGGAAAAAAAAAUACAGAAAAUGAUAUAUUGGAAGUACCAUCAAAAUUAUGUGAAACAAAUAAAGCAAUAUAUGAGGAUAAAAUUAACGAAAUAAAUUAUCUGAAAAAUAAUUUAAAAAAAAAUAAAAAAUCAAUAAACCCUAUUGCUAUACCUGAUGACGAAAUGAUAAAUUAUGAUUGUUCUCCAAAUUUUGAUUUAAAAAAUUCAAAUAAAAAUGUAUUUUUUUCUAUGAAUAAUAAUCAAAGUGUUAAAUCAUGCUCGAAUAAUAUAUAUACUUCUAAUAAUUGUGAAAAUAAAGAUGAUGAAUCCAUAUCUGAAUAUUCUUAUAUAUCUGGAAUUAACAAAAAACAUGAUGAACCAAAUAAAACAAUUUUUGGAAAACAAAAUAGUAAUUAUACCAACAAAGAUUGUGGGAAUUUAGAAUUUUAUAAAAAUGAGCAUGAAAAAAUUAGAGAAAAAAAAAAUAUUUAUGAUUUAAAAAUAAACUAUUAUAAGGAUAGAACAAAUGUAUUGGAAAAUGAAAAUCCAGUUAUCAAUUGUAUGGAUGAUUCUAACAUAUUUAUUACAAAUAAAAAAAAUAAAAAAAUUCAAUUUAAUGAUAAAAAUCAAGAUGUUAAAAAAAUUUUCAAUGUUAAAAAUAGAAAAAGAUUUACAAAUAUAAAUAUAGAAGAUAUACAUGAAAUAUUAUUAAAAAGUAAAUAUUUAAAUGAAGUUAAAAAUAAUGACACAUCUGAUAAUACUUAUGAAAAUACAACAAAAUAUGCAGAUACACCACCUAUAUUGUUUUAUGAUAAAAAAAAACAAACUGGUGAUUUUGAAUAUAUUAAAAGAAAUGAUAUCCAACCAAAUAAUAUUUCUAAAUAUGAAAAUGAUCAAUCUGUAAAUAGCAAUGUGCAUCCAAACAAUGGAUGGGAUAAUAGUAAACACAUAAAUGACGAAAAUAUAAAUGACGAACACAUAAAUGACGAACACAUACAUAACGAGCGCAUAGGUGAUGUGAUAUAUGAUUCAUAUUGUGAAUAUUGUGAAUAUAUAGAUAAUGUAAAAAAUGGAAAAAAAAGUGAACAGAACUGCAAAGAUACAAAUAAUAUACAUGAAAAUUACAAAAAUUUAUGUAAACUUUCUGAAAAGGAAAUAACUAAACAAAUGAAAAAUGUUAAAACAUAUUACCAUACAAAGAAUAUAAAAAAUUGCUUAAAUAAUGAAAAAACCAAAUAUAAUAAUAAUGUAUAUGAUAAAAAAGAUGCAGGUAAUUAUAUUCAUAUAAAUUUAGAAAAUGAUGAAAAAAAACUAGAUUGUAACAAUACAGUAAGUUUACAUAAAUAUAAAUCUGACGAGAAUAAAAUGAAUUAUCUUUGUAAUGAAAAAAAUAGUAACAAAAAUGAUUUUGAAAAUUUUAAGUUUGAAAAUAAUAUGAAUUUUAUUAAUAACCAAAAUAUUUAUGAUAAAAUAAAUAAUUAUACAAAUGAAAAAAAUAGCGAUGUUGUAAAUUGUCCUGAAAUAAAUAAUGAUCAAAAUAGUAAACACAACCAAAUUUUAGAUUAUAUUUUUCAUGAAUUAAAUAAUACUUCACAAAAUUGUGAUAUUAAUAUAGAAUAUACAAGUAGUAUAUUGUCCGAUACAAACAAAGAUGAAAGUAAAAAAACAAGUAAAACAAGUAAAAAAAAUAAAAAAAAUAACUAUAUUUUAUCUAAAAAACAUGAUAUUCCUAUGAAUUUCCUACUAAAUGGAAAUAAACAAAAUUCAAAUCCGACUUUAUUUAAUAAUGAAGAUAUACAAAAUAAUUUGGAAAACUACAAAAAUGCAUUAUAUUCAAAUAAAAAUAAAUUAAAAGAAAUUGCACAAAAUGAAAAUUUUGAAUUAAUCAAAAAAUUUAUCAAAGAAGUUAAGAAAAACAAUACAGCCCUUGCACAGUAG